AUGAUCUACUAUACGGGGCAUGGGAUUGGCGCCCCUGACGGUGUAUGGUUCGUAGGGGCUCCGAUCGACUCGUUGGAACAUCAAAUCGGAGCAGAUAACCAGCUGCCAUUCACGGCCUUCGAUCUGAACAACGAUAUCAUCAACAGACGCAAGGUGCAGAAAUCGCACGUCUUCACCAAACCCAACAGGCAAAGUCACCGGCACAUCAAGCUAGGCCCACUGAAAAGAUGCGCCCGGGAACGCGAAGCUCCAAUGGCCGAAGCGUCGUAUGUAACGGUGCGCUUCCACGGCUCCACUUUCGAACACCUUCCCUCGCUUCUUGAGCACGAGACGGUUACAUUGGCCAAGUCACUAAGCAAGGCGGCGUGGGAGACGAAUCUGGGCAUAAAUCGUAUCGAGCUAAUCAGGAGACGGAGAAAGACGAAAGACGCUACAUAG